GAUAUAUUCUCUUUUCUACUUCCCUGUUUGUAAUUUGAUGGGACUGGCACGAUUUGCUUCUCUUAAACUUCUAACUUGAGUCGAAGCCAGACUCGUACCUCGCUGUCUACUGAACACAAGGACACGCAUGAAAUUGACUCUGCAGGGUUAAAGGGAUCUUUUCCAACUUUGAAAAUGAAGUGACCACACGUAAAGCAAAGGAAGAGAAGAUGUCUGCUCAGUGCAUGCAGAGAGCCAUGCUGCUGCGGUCCCUGCCUCACCGUCAUCUCUUGGUUGUGAGCCCAUAUGGGAAAAAAUGGCCCAACCACCAGAGAGGCUAUGGGUCUGCUUCCCGGAUGCGGCCCCAAAGAAGGGUGGUGAUUACGGGCAUCGGGCUGGUGUGCCCCCUGGGCACGGGCACCACUCUUCCCUGGCAGCGCCUCCUUCAGGGAGAGAGCGGUAUAGUCGCCCUGGACGCAGAGGAGUACAAGUCGGUUCCUUGUAAGGUGGCAGCGCGGGUGCCCCGGGGCGAGGGCGAGGGCGAGUUCUGGCCCGAGCGCUUUGCCAGUCGCGGCGAGAUCAACAGCAUGUCCCCGGCCACUGUCAUGGCGGUGGCUGCGGCGCAGCUAGCCCUGGAGGAUUGUGGGUGGCAUCCCAGCAGCCCCCAGGAGCAGCUGGAGACGGGCGUCGCCGUGGGGAUGGGCAUGGUGUCGCUGGAGGAGAUCGCACGCACGGCCACGGCCUUCGAGACGCGAGGCUACAACAAGGUGAGUCCGUUCUUCGUGCCGCGUAUCCUUGUCAACAUGGCGGCGGGCCACAUCAGUAUUCGCCACGGUCUGCGGGGCCCCAAUCACGCCGUGUCCACCGCCUGCACCACGGGGGCCCACGCCAUUGGGGACGCGGCACGCUUCAUCGCCCACGGAGACGCUACGGCGAUGGUGGCGGGGGGAGCGGAAGCCUGUGUGGGUCCGCUAGCGCUGGCGGGGUUUGCCCGGGCUCGAGCGCUAAGCACCAGCUGGAACCAGCAGCCCCAGCUGGCGUCACGGCCCUUCCACCCCGAGCGCGAGGGCUUCGUCAUGGGGGAGGGGGCUGCCGUCAUGGUCCUGGAGGAGUACACGCAUGCGAUGGCGAGGGGGGCGCGGGUCUACGCUGAGGUGUUGGGAUACGGGCUCUCUGGAGACGCUAGCCACAUUACGGCUCCCACGGCCGACGGGGACGGAGCGCUCAGGUGCAUGGCAGCAGCGGUUAGGGACGCAGGAGUGGAAGUGUCAGAUGUGACCUACAUCAAUGCCCAUGCCACCUCCACUCCACUAGGUGAUGCCGCUGAGAACGCCGCCAUCGAGCGCCUCUUCUCCCCUCACCCCGCUGCCCUGGCUGCGCUGGCCGUGUCCUCCACCAAAGGCGCCACUGGGCAUCUGCUGGGCGCGGCGGGCGCACUGGAGGCCGCCUUCACCGCACUGGCAUGCCACCACGCCACACUGCCCCCCACCCUCAACUUGGACCGCACCGAGCCCGACUUCAAGCUGAACUACGUGCCUUGCUCUCCGCAGCCCUGGAGGACCCAGGAGGGGGAGGGGCAACAGCAAGAGCAGCAGCACCGCCGGGUUGCACUCACUAACUCGUUUGGGUUCGGGGGCACCAACGCCUCGCUGUGCCUGGCCAGCCUCUGAGGAGGUGUGGCACAGUUUCUCUCUCUUUUUUUUUUUUUUUAAGAAAUGUCACACUCUCGAGUGUGAUUCUUGGAUUUUAUUUUAGUGUGUCUACUAUGCUAAAGAAGGCUUAGGCCGAAACUUCUGUCUGUCAUGACGCUGAAUAAGGUUUGGACAGAAACGUCUGUCUGUCAUGCUAACCCGCUAAAAUAAAAUACAAGAAUCCCA